CAGGGUUGUAGUCUUGUUAGGCGUAUAGGAACCCAUUUAGCUCACGCUUGGGUACGGGAAAGUAAGAAAAGCGUAUUUAGGAAUAAAUUCAGCGUAGAAGGAUGUUACUCUUCCCGUUUAUGAAAUUACAGCGAAAGUCGACAGGAAAGUGAAACAGUUAUUAGUGUUGUUGCUUCCCACCAACGAAAUGUUAUAGGAAUAUCGCCAGUGUUUGUUCCAUAAAUACAUUUGUUCUAAGAAUAUUCCAUUUAUUUCGGCUUGUUUAAGAAGAAACAAAUUCUUGCGAUUUAGUGUUUGUGUUGAUUUAUUUAAGUGUUUACACAAUUACUUACGACGUAUUUUUGUGAAUAUUGCCUGGAGUUAUUUCGAAAGGAAUAUUUAUUUUGAAGAUUGGCUGCAUAAAUUCGAGAGUCUUCGAUCUCAGUAAUUACUAACGAAGCGGUCGUGACCUAAUUGCAGAUUCCGGCAUUGGCCUCGAAGGACCGAGGAAAGAGAAGAAGGAAAUAAACCUCAGAAUAGAAAACCUGCGGGCCGGGACCGCGAGGACGAAUCCGUCCACUCGACAGCUGCAUUUGACGACGUGUGACUUCACAACGCAAUGUAUCAUAUAAUUCCUACAGCGAAGGGAGAUCCUUUAUGUCCCCUCGGCUUCCACCCACAGGUCCGUUGGCCCACGAGGUGCAAGCGGUGUUUCAGAGACUACAAAGAACAUGGAUCUCGUAAAGAAAAAGACGCUCUGAAGAGGGACGAGACCACAGUAUCUUCCCCUAGUCUGUCAAGUUGGAGGAGCUCAACCUCAUCGCGUUCACGUGAUGACAACCGGAGUGACAGCUCAAGCAGCGCAGGCAGUGGUGUCAGUGCCCGAAGUCGGAGCAGUAGCGGUUCCACAGGUUCACGAACGGAAGAAGGUUCUAAGCAUGGAAGUGGUGGUACAGUUACGUCCAGAUUUAGCAGUGGAAGGCCAGCUGCAUCUUGGACAUCAACACCUGAUUUGGGUAACCUGAAUGAUGAUACGAGAGCAGAGAUCACCACAGUCAGUCUCACACUCCCAAGAAGGCGACGGGUACCGCCUGUGGACACUGGACAAGCAGAUUCUCCAGAACCUACAGUAUCAGACUCCUUGACACUACGCACUCAACCAAAAUCCUCACCAUCAGCAGAAAGUCGAAGGGAUAGUAUGAGUACUUCUAGCACAACUACAGCCAGCCUUCCUACCACAAAGCAACCUAGGUCAUUAAGAAGAAGUACAAGCCAAAGCAACACUGGUGCUGGUAGUGACAGUAAGGAUGUUAGCAAACUGCGUCGAGUGAGGAUACAAUCAUUAAAAGAAGUGCAUUCUGUUGAAGAACCAACAAACCCAGAAGUUGAGUUCAUUAUUCAGGUUAAAUCAUCUAAAGGAAAACAGUCUUCCAGUAGAAAUAAGAAUGCCAGUGCCAGUGGUAAUACAGUUAACAGCAUUAACAAUAGUUCACCUGUGAAGAAGAGUUCAGGAACACCAACCUUACCAGGAUCCAGUUCAUCUGGAAGCAGUGGCAGCAGUGGGACCAGUGAAGAAGAUGAAGGUAGUGAUGAUGAUGUGUCAAGUGUGGCAGGAACUGAUACAACGGAGACAACCCUAGUUGAUCGCAAUGAAAAUGAAUUGCAGGAGCAAAUUGAAAGCUUGAAGCAGGAACUGGAAACUAUGCGAGCCCGAUGUGAGCGAGUGGAGAGGGAGAAGAGUGACAUAUUGCUACGCAGGAUAGCAGCCUUGGACACAACACCUAGCAAGACUGCUGCCUCUGAGGUGCUGAAGCUGCAACAGAAAGUGAAUGAACUGCAGAGUCAGGCAGAAGAUCUCCGUGACGACAAGAAGAGUCUGAACCUAAGAGUCAAAGAGCUGAAGGAGGAGCUGGAAGGUCGACCUGACAAAGUGGCCACCCAACGGACUAUUGAUGAACUGCAGUCUAAAUUAUUGGCUGCUGAGACUCUCUGUGAGGAGCUGAUGGAUGAGAAUGAAGACAUGAAGAAAGAGCUUAGGGAUCUGGAAGAAGAGAUAGAGGAAAUGCAAGACAAUUUUCGAGAGGACCAAGCUGAUGAAUACACAUCACUAAAAAAGGAACUGGAACAGACAAAUAAGAAUUGCCGUAUAUUGUCAUUCAAACUGCGCAAGGCAGAACGAAAGGCUGAACAAUUAGAGGCAGAAAAGUUAGAAGUAGAAAAGAAGUUCAAGGAGGUUGCUGGAGGUCAGACAGGGCUUGAGAAGGUGGAGAGAGUGAAGAAGUUAGAACAAGAAUUGGCAGUUGCAAAUGAGGUUGCUGUCCGCUUGCAGAAAGAACUGGAUGAAACAAAUGCCAAGCUCAAAGCCAAGGAAGAAGCAAACAAUAAAGAAGCAACAAAGAAAAAGGCUCCUAUGUUGGGAACAGUUGGAAAAGUUUCAUCAGGCGAGAAGGUGUCUCGCGCAUCACUGACCAGAGGUGGAUCACAGGAAGAUCCACAACAAUUACUUCGGGACCUUCAGGACUCCUUGGAACGAGAAGCUGAUUUGCGUGAACAGCUGCGUUUUGCAGAGGAAGAACUUCAGAGGAGCAGAAAACAGAGGAUCAUCAUCAGAGAUAACAGUGCUGAUGGUAGACACACACCAACAUUACCAUCAUUGCAGCCAGAUGUUGUUCCGUCAUUAAAGUACCAGCAAGAAAUAUCCUCUGUCAACAUUUCUAGAAGUCAGUUCCAGUAUGCUACUACUCAAAAUCUUGGAGAAACUUACAGAAAUCCAAGAAUAUCUUCUGGAACACAAAAGAGUGUCUUGAAACUUCCUGUAACUUCACAAACAAGGCCAGUUAUAAUCCGAAGUCUUAUUGAUACUCAGAUGCCCCCACUGACUUCUGGAGAAGCUGUGAAAAAUGCUGUUGGUAUUGAGACUAUAAAGGCCACAGAUUUGGCAUCAACUGAAGACAGACAAAUGGAUUUGGAUAUAUCAGAUGUAAGAAAUACAGUGAAAAUAGCAGAAUCAACUCAAACGGAUCCCUUAGUACAGGUUUCUGUUGAAAUGCAAACAGAGGAAUUUCUAGCAAUAACAGAAAUAUCUGAGGCAGACUUUCCUAAAGAGCUUCAGACAUCUGUUUUCCCUCAAAGUACUUCAGAAGAAACAUGUAUUUAUUUGAAGCUUUCUAAAGAGCUAGGAACUUCUGUAGAAACUCAGACUCUUUCACUUGAAACACAAACUGUUUCUACUGAAACUGAACGUAUUGCAGUGACAUCUGUACCAGUUCAAACUAAAGAGUCACCAGAGAAGGAAUUUGUGACUGCUUCAAAUUUAGAAAGAAAUUCAGAAAUUCAGAAAACUGUGAUUGGCAGUGAACAUCAGCCACUGCUGCCAGAAUCUCAAGAGCCAUUAUUAAUUUCAUCCAGUAUAUUUGAAGAAAAUAUCUCUACUCCUCCAUAUACUGCCAGAUUAGAAUCUGACACAUCUCUUGAAGAAUUUACAGAGCUGCAAAUAUCUGUUGCAACACAAACAGAUUGCUCAGCAUCAUUUCCACUCUCAGUGAUGAGCCCUAUGCGACAGUUCCAGUUUUCCAUACCAACGGUUUUCCCAUCUGGCUCUCUCCUCUGUAGAAGUUCACCGAUGAGAACACUACUAACAACCAUAGGUCGCCGACACAGCCCAAGCCCAGCACGGUUGACUCCAGAGCCAUCUGUUGAAAAAGAUGAGGGUAUAUCAGAUGAAGAAGAUCCAGCAGAAUUGAGGAUACUGUUGGAACUUAAUGAACAAGAGGCAGCAGUGUUGAGGCGGAAAGUGGAGGAACUGGAAAGUGAAGGUGAAAACAUGAAGCACAAAUUGAAGGAACUUCAGGACAAGCUUAUUGAGAAGACUGCAAGAAAAAAUACAGUAGCAUCACUAGCAAGUUCUGAACCUGCCCCAGGGAAUGCACUGCAUGAACAAAAACUCAAGGUAUUGGAAGCUGAAGUAUCUGAGCUGCGUAUGAAAUUGAUAGAGAAGGAGCGAGACUGUGAGAGACUACAUGCUGAACUUACUCUUACACAGAAGAGGGUUUCUAAGGGCUCUAUUCAGAAAAGCAAGUCACUGGACAGUGGAAGCGAGCAACAGGCUUUGGACUUGAAGCGUCAACUCCAGGUGAUAGAACAGGAAGCAGCAAUCUUGCGCACCAAGACUCAAACACUUGAAUCAGAUAAUGAAAAGCUGGCAGCAGAAAAUAAACAAUUGCAUCUGCAGAGGAUUAAAAAGUGGCCUUUAGAAGCUGAAAAUGAAACUACAUUAAAAGCAAAAAUUACAUCAUUAGAAACAAAGCUUACAGAUGCUAACAACAAGGUGAAAGAAUUGGAAGUUAAACUGAAGGCAGAAGAAGCAACCAAAUUAGCAGCUGAGGAAGAUCAGAAAAAGAAGCCAGGAUUAAAGGACACAGCAGAAGUUACCAGACUGAAGAAGGAGUUAAAAAUGAAAACAGAAGAACUGUCCAAACUCCAGGUUCAAGCCAGGAAGUCCGAGGAAGAUAACGAAAAUCUGACACUGUCUUUGAAACGAUUGAAAGAGGAUGCAGUUUCCAGUAGUGCAAAAUUUUACAGGCAGCGGACACCGAAAAAGCCAACAGACUUGACCUCAAAAGUGCAACUCAAGAAAAUGGUAGAAGAUCUUGAAAAUGAAAUUGGGGAGGUACUCGUUUUGCUGAAGAAAUCAGAAACAGAGAAAUCAAAAUUACAAGAAGGGAAAGGGACUGCUGAAGAUAAGGUAUGGAAAGCAGAGAAAGAAAAGUUGCAGAAGCAGUUGGACGAAAAUAAGAAGGAAAUGGAGGAACUAGAAAAUUCACUGAUGGAAGAAAGGGAUAACGCAGAAAGAGAGAAGAAGAAGGCUGUCGAAGACAUUAAGGCAAUCGAAGAAGGCAGAAAGAUGGCAGAAGAAGAGUGCAGCAAGCUAGAGGAAGAGAAGAAGGUAUGGAAGGAAGAAAUUAAGAAGCUGGAAGAAGACAAGAAGAAACUAGAAGAGGAAAGAAAUAGAGCACAUGAAGAAGUGAAGAAACUAUCUGAGGACCAAAAACGUUUGAAUGAAGAAGUUGUAAAAGUUAAUGCUGAGAGAGCGGCUGCCAUUAAGAAACAGGAGGAAAUAGCAGUAUUUAUGCAGAGAAUAGAGGCGCUCAAAACUGAGUUGGAAAUAGAGCAGCAACAAGGAGCAUCUCUAAGACAGAAACUGGAAGUAGCCACUAAAGUUGAGCAAGAGAAAAUCAAACUACAAAUAGAGUUGAUGGAAAAGACGAAGAAGAUUACAGAGGCAGAGAAGAAAGUAAAGGAAGUUGAGGAGAAAAUGAAAAGGAAUGAAAAACUACUUAGCAACAACAAAACUAAGAUCAACAGGCUUGAGAAAGAGCUUGAAGAAGAGAAAGAGAAGGUUCAUUUGAGUGAAUCACAGCAACAAGACAUGACUUCUAAGUGGUUGGCGGAACGAGAUGUUCUGAAGGAACAGUUAUCAGAUUUGCAGACAAGAAAUGACAGUCUGCAAACAUCAUUGGUUAACAGGGAUGUGGCUAUUGAAAAACUGGAAGUUAGUAUGAAAGAAGAAAUGGAGAAAGCAAUGGCUGCAAGUGCAAGAGCAGGGUCAGCAGAGAACAAGGAGAUCAAGUCCUUGCGUGCCCAGCUGGCAGGGAGCAAGGCUCAAGCACAGGAGCUUAUGACAAAAUUGGAAAAAGUUGAGAAGUUACUGAAGGCAGCUGAAGAGAAGCUGAAGACUCAUGCUGAAGAAGAGAAGAGCAAGGCUGAUUUAGAUUCAAAAAUAUCUACACUUGAAGUGAAUCUGCAGGCCGAGAAGAAGAAAUGUGAGAGAAUGAAAGUUUCUCAUGAAAAAGAGCUGAAAAAUCGGGAAGAAGAGCUCUCAAGUUUACGCAGUAAAUUGCGAUCGCUAGAAGGAAACAGCGGUUCUAACAGCAAGAAAGUUACAGAAAUAAAAGAGGAAUAUCAGUCUCAGAUUGAUAAAUUAGAAGAGGCACUAGCAACGGAGAGACAUGAAUAUGAAGACCUUACAGCAAAGUAUGAGAUUUUGGAGGAGGAACAUGUAGUCACCAAGGCACAACUAGUUAUGGAUAAGGAGGCAGUACAAACACAGCUAUUGACAACCAAAAGGGAACUGGUGGUUGCAGAGAAUGAGCUAAGGACACUGCAAGACACAUAUAGUGAGAAGCAGGAUAUGUGGAUUAAGGAGAAGCUUGACCUCCAGGAGAAGUUGAAAGAGCUAGAAGAGAAAGUGUUGCGAAGCAAUAGCAGUGACAGUUGGGUUCUUGAGAGAACUCGGCUGAAAUCUGUGCUGGAAGAUAAAUGUUUGGAAGUGGAACAGCUGAAGAAGGAAACUGAUAUGAAUGCAGACCAGAUGGAACACUUGAGGAAGGAGAAUGAUGAGUUACGCAAAAAGUUGGAGGACUUUGACAAGGUGGUGAAGGUCCAUCGAAAUAUGUCAGCUGACACCUCUGCCAUAGAAAAGGAGCUGCAGGCUACAAAGAACAAACUUUAUGAAGAGGAAAGAGCCCACAAGGCAGACAUGGCACAACUGAAGUUGCGAUAUGAUAGCCGAGUUGCAGUCAUUAGUGAAGAAAUCCAGGGCCUGCAGGGACAGGUUUGUCGGUUCAAAAGAGAGCGUGACACUUUCAGACAUAUGUUGGAGGGUGCCCAGAGGACUAUUGCUGACUUAAAGGCAUCCUCGGGCAGAGAGUCACGGAGUUCAGGCAGCAAUGUUGAUGAGUCAGAGGAGACACAAACUAAGAUACAAUCUCUGGAGCAGCAGAUCAGCUGUAUGGAGGAUGAGCUGUCUGAAGCUCGACUUGAGGCUUCAAAACUCAAGACAGAGCUGAUUUCAGAACGAUCUGCCUGGGAGGUGAAACUUUCUGAGAUACAGUCACAUGUUAAUGAGCUGGAGGAAGAUCGUAUCAUAAGCAGUGGACGUACAAAAAUUCCUGGAAUGCGUACAAGAAUGGAACUAGCCUGGCAGAAGGAGCGUGAAGAACAGCAUCGACUACUUCAGGAGACAUCUACAUUGGCCAGAGAUCUUCGUCAAACAUUGUUUGAGGUGGAGCGAGAAAGGGACAAGGAACGUCUGGAAGCAAAGCGACGUCUUGACCAACUCAAGAAGUCAACAGAAGAAGAACAAGAGGAAAACAGGAAGAAAGUUACAGAGGUACAGUGUGACUUACUGGAACUUCGUGAUGCUCAUGCAAAAUUACGGACAACCAACGAGAAGUUGCGUCGAGAGAAGGAACGUAAUGAGAAAGAACGUGAAGAACUUAGGCAGUUGGCAUCAGGCAAGAGACGUGCUGAACAGGAAGAAGACAGAAGAAUCAACAUCUUACUAGAGCAAGUUGAUGAACUUACGCGUUUAGCACCUGAAUUGUUUCUUCAGAAGUCAACACCGGAUUCAUCUUCAACUUCAUCUCUGUCCCAGCCAACACCUGUUGCACCUAAGAGACUGAAGGGUCCAAAAUCUCGAGAAUCAUCAAGAGAAUCUUCUCCACAAUUACAAAGGAAGGAUUUCCAAAAAGAAACUUCAGUAGACCGAAAGCUUCAGCUUCAGUCAACUGUUCAGAGACUAUCUGAAGUUACAGAAGAGUUGCGCCGAUUCCAGAGGCUCAGUGAAGAAGAGCGGGACAGAGAACGAGCUAAAAGGAUGUUAGGAUUGAGAAGAGCUGCUUCAACAGAAUCAGAUAAUCCACCAGACUCCUCACUGCAGUCUAAGCCUCUUGUUCGAAGUGCUGCUGGCCUGCAGAAGAAGGGCAGCCUUUAUCGCAAAUCUCUUUCUUUAGAGCAGACAAGUGGACAAGAUCAGGUUGUAGGAAUAAUUAAGUUGUGGGGUGCCUGUGUGCCGAGAUCUUCCUUCAUAAACUGUGUCAUGUUGGUUUGGCCUUCCUAUUGUUUUAUGAAGCUUAUGCUUGUUAUGCUGUGUAUCACUCAACAGGCUGUUUUACUUGGAUCCAUCUGGAAGGGAGAGUCAGACAAUGAAGGCAGUCUUUCAAGUCUCCAGUCACUGGAAGCUGGUGCAGAGGCAUUUCCAAAUAAUCAGUUCUUCACACUUCAGAAACGGGAAUCUAGCACUGACAGCCGCCUCUCUGGAGGUUCAACACAGAGCGAUGUGCUGCAAUCAAAAGAAAAGAAGAAAAAGAAGGGUCUUUUUGGUAAACUGAAGAAACUUACCAAAUCACGCAGCAUUGAUGAUGGUGUCUCAGAAUACACAAUAGGAAUGAGUCAGGGUGGAUCUGGAUCAGAUGUCAGUAUGUCAGAAGACAAAGGAGGAAUGAAAGAUCGUCUUACUGGCAUCUUCAGAAAGAGUGGUUCCACAUCCAGAGAUAGCAGUAUGGAGCGCAGUCCAGCAAUACCAGAGCGUACAGACUCAACACAGAGACCUCUUGUGAAACAGAGCAGUAACAAUACUUUGCCACGGACAUCACCAGCUAGAAGUGAUGUAAGUGCAUCAAGCAGCUCCCGACCACUAGCAUCAUGUGCCACACGAUCUCAAUCACCAGCCACUUCCAGCACUCCAUCACGAGGCAGGAAAUAGAAUACAGAGCUCCAUAUUCAUCAUGCAGUUCAUCUUCUGAGAAACUGAAGUUACCAAGCAGCUGCAUGAGACCUCUAGUGGAUGAACUUUCCUCCUGUAAUUUUCAGUUUGACUUAUAAAUGAAUGAAAUUGCAGGGAGUUUGGCCAUGAUAAUAUUGUUUUGCACACACAGCAUUGUGUAGGAAUGGAGUAAGAAUACAAAUUUACAGUGUGCUGCAGCUUCUGUGCACCUAUUUCCAUCAGGUUUAAAGUUUGUCACUACUCACUCAGUAAAAAUAUUUAGGAGCGAGGUCCAUAUUCUAUAUACAUCACUGACAAAGUGAUGAAGGAAAUGGGAUUAGGUCUUGGGUUAAUAAUAAGUUUCAAUGAACUGAAAUGAUCAUAGCUGGUUAGUAAGGAAGGAUUUUUAAAGAGGUGUUCAUGGCCCAUUUAAUGGUCUCUCUUUGACAUACAUCUUGAGAGAUUAAGGAAAACCCCAGAAUAGCCAGUAACCUGGCAAGAGUCAAACCAAGUGUCUUCCAGAUACAAAUCUUAUGGUGUUGUGGGGUAGUCCCACCUUUUCCCCCCAAAUUAAUAUCAGCAUGCAAGAACAAGACACUGAUGUAGACAUCUGAGUAGAUAGAACGUGUUUUGUAAUUGCUACAGUAAACCAGCUAGGCCUAAUAUUGAAAGAUGCUGCUGCAGCUCCUGAUGAUGAUGGUAUGAUGGUCUAUGUUAAGUAUUAUGCUUACAAGCCCUGAAGAUUAUAAAAAUCAAUUCAAUUCCGUAUCAGAAACUGUAACUGGAGCAGGAGGUAGAGGAAUGAAAAGAAAGGACAAGUGAACAGUAUUAAGAUUGAAUAGUUCUAUCUGCUGGCAUAUAGUGCCAUGUAGUCUGUUGAAAGUCAGCCGACAUUUCAAAGGAAAAUAUUCCCUCCAUCUUCCUGUUUUGGAGAAUAAGCCAAUCAAGAGACCAGCAUGAAGCAGGUAGCUAGUUUAUUGAUCAGCUUAUUUUUCAGUGCUAAA